GGCAAGAAGCAACCUCUUGUCUAUGGAGCCAGGGGAGCUGUUGUAAAGGCAGCAGCAGCAGCAGGGACUGAGCAUGUUCAUUUCUGGGUUUUAGAAAUCAAACUGCUGCUGCUUCCAAAUAUGCUGAGAAAGAUGCCAGCUGACAAGAUUAAUCAAUCUCUGGGAUCCUCCAAGAUGCCCAAAGGAUUCCAGAGCAAAGUUGUAGCACCUCGCAAUCCUAAGCUGGUCAGAGAGGAAGAAAAGGCUAUGACUCUGACUCCCUCUGCCUUCCUGAAGGAGAUGUCUCUUACUACAGAACAGAAGCUGGCUAGCACUCAUGAAAUGCGACUACCCCAGAUUAUCAAGCUUUUAGACAUGAGCGAAACCUCCCAUCAAAAGUUCUCAACAGUUGAUGUGGACCAAAGCUUGUUUCAGCCAUUUCCAUCAGAAGUGGUAUUUCAGAACUAUACCCCUUGUGAGAUCUACGAAGUACCUCUGAUUCUGAGGAACAAUGACAAGGUUCCACGGCUGGUGAAAGUUGUUCUGGAGAGCUCACCUUAUUUUAAAGUGAUCAGCCCCAAUGACAUUGGUCACAAAGUGGCACCAGGGAUGCCGUCAACAUUUCGCAUCCUCUUCACACCUGAGGACAACAAGGAUUACUUCCACCAACUAACCUGCAUCACUGAAAGAGAAAAGUUUAUCAUACCAAUUCGAGCUAUAGGUGCCCGAGGAAUACUAGACUUUCCUGACCAGUUGAACUUCUCUACUUGCCCUGUCAAGUACAGCACUCAGAAAACUCUGCUGGUUCGCAACAUUGGCAACAGAGAGGCUCACUACCAGAUCACCACCCAGAGCCCUUUCUCUGUGGAACCCUCCAUUGGGACUCUAGGGAUGGGGGAAACCAUGCAGCUAAUGGUGGAGUUUCAGCCUCAGAAGAUAGGUGACCACUCCAAGGACCUGAUUGUGAACUAUGACACAGGUGAAGAUAUCCACAUAAGUAUGUAUGGAGCUGCCACAGAUGUCAACAUCAGGCUGAACAAGAACUCCUUGACAAUUGAGAAGGCAUAUAUUACCCUGGCAAACCAGAGAUCGGUGGUCCUACAUAAUCGAAGUGAUAUCAUAGCACACUUCCAGUGGAAGGUUUUUGCAACUCAGGAAGAGGAGGAUCAACAAAAACAAAGGCUCUGUUACAGACAGCAGACCCAGGAAGACAAUGAGACUGAUCUAUUUCUAAAGGAAUGUAGCGCAGAUCCUACGCUCCGAGAACGCCUUUCCAUUCUCUCCGACAGUUUUCAGAACCACGGAAGGAUGGUGCAAGGAGAUUCUAUGCUCUUCUCUGAUAACAUCUUUACUAUUGAGCCAGUGGAAGGAGAUGUUUGGCCUAAUUCUACAGCUGAAAUUAAUGUGAUUUUUAAACCACGAGAAGCCAGAGUCUAUCAGCAAACAGUCUACUGUGAUAUCUCAGGCCGUGAGACCCGGCUCCCCCUGCGUAUCAGAGGGGAAGGAAUGGGUCCCAAGCUCAUCUUCAGUUUUGACCAGCUAGAUAUUGGGAAGAUCUUCGUUGGGUCAACACACAGUUAUGAGGCAAUUCUGUCUAACAAAGGAGCCAUUGAUGCCCUGUUUAACUUGAUCCCUGCAUCUACUGCUCUUGGCUCUUGUUUCACCUUUGAUCCUAAGGAAGGCAUCAUUCUGCCAGGUGGGCUUCAAACCAUCCAAAUCUCGUUCAGUUCCACCAUCUUAGGAGAGUUCACGGAGGAGUUUAGGUUCAACAUAAAUGGAUCACCCAAGUCUGUGAACCUGACUAUUAGUGGCUGUGUUAUUGGACCCACAUUUCAUUUCAGUGUACCAUACCUAAAUUUUGGUGAUGUCUCUUUUGGAUUUCCUCGUACAUUAUCAUGUUGCCUCUGUAAUACAUCCUUGGUUCCAAUGACUUUUAACCUUCGUAUCCCCGGAGAUGGCCCCAGCGAUCCAAGUGUUACCAGUUUUGUUCAGAUUUCAGACAUCACAAGACCAUCCUGGAGGAAGGGACCCCAAGGAAAUGUCAAGUCAAAGGAAUUUACCAUAUUGCCUAGCAGUGGGACUAUCCGUCCUCAAGGAUUCCUGGACAUCCAGGUGACCUUAUGUUCCAACACUGUGAAGAAAUAUGAAACGGCGCUGGUGGUAGACAUAGAUGGCAUUGGAGAGGAAGUGCUAGCCCUCCUAAUUACAGCAAGAUGUGUUGUUCCACCGCUCCAUGUGGUUAACCCUGUUGUGAAAUUUGGGCGGUGUUUUCUGAAGUACCCCUACCAGCAAAUGGUGACACUCAUAAAUGACAACGACCUUUCAGCAUGCUAUGGAGUUCUCCCUCAGGAAUUUGAGGAGAAUCCCACUGUUUUGUAUUCCAGUCCUGUGCCUUGUGGUAUUAUUCAGCCUCACAGCUCUGUAGAAAUCCCUUUAGCACUAGAAUCCCAGGUGACUGGAGAGCAGGACACUACUGCAUACAUAGCUGUGUUUGGGAGCAAAGAAUCCCCACUGAAGAUCCAUUUAGUGAGUACUGGAGAAGGCCCAGUUAUCUAUGUGUAUCCCGCUCAGAUAGAUUUCGGCAACAUCCAGGUUUUAAAGGAUAUUUCCAGGACACUCCACCUCUCUAAUCAGACUGUUAUUCCUGCAUGGUUUCGGGCACAGAUGGCUUGCAAUCACUCAACAUGGAGGAUUGAGCCCAGUGAAGGAGUAGUUCCUCCAGAGACAGAGAUCCCAGUGACUCUGAUAGCCAACUUGGAUGACACCAUGAAAUUCCAGGACAAAGUGAACUUGAUAAUAGAAAACAGCAAGACCUAUGUGAUCCCAGUCCAGGCUACUGGCAUUGGUACCACUAUUGUCACCAACAAACCUUUUGCUCCAGAGUUCAACUUAGGACCCCACUUCAGUUUGGAUCCCUGCUCCUAUCACUUUAAGAUAACUAACUGUGGGAGAAGAACCCAUCAGCUCUACUGGACAACGGAAGGCUUCCCUCCAUUUCGCCAGCAUAACCAUGCUGUCAAUAAUACUAAAAGCAAAAACUCCCCCCAGAGUCCAGAGUCUCCUUCUCCUGUGUUUAAGCUUCAGCCAUUAAGGAUGGAACUAACACCAGGCAAGAGUAUGGACAUGAUUUUGGAAGGCUUCUCCAAUACCCCUAAGGUAGUAAAGGAACGAUUGAUAUGCCAUGCCAUUAUAGGGAAGCAGUCUGGAAAGGAGCGGAUAAUGACAGUGGAUGUCGCAUGUGAAUUCAUUGCACCUGUUCUGCACCUCUCCUCCAAAGAAAUCACUUUCCGAGUAGAGAAGCACCCCAGUGAUGUUCUGACUCCACAGUUUGAACCUCUGAUCUUAAAGAACAUUUCGUCUCUGCCACUCAGUGCCCUUUUGUCUGUACGAGAACCCUUUUAUCUCUGUGAUAUGGACCAUCAAAUGCUGCCUGCAGAGGCACAGCCCAUGAAGCUGGUGACUGGUGAGGAACAGCAUCUUUCCAUCAGGUUUGAUCCUGCCUACAAAGAUGAUUUGAACAGCCGGGUAGCGGAGGAGGUCUUGUUUAUUAAAUUCCUGGAGCAUCCUCAUGAGGAGCAGGUCACCCUUCGAGGAGAAGUACACUUCCCAAAUCUCCAUUUCCAGACCAUGUACUUGGAUUUUGGCUGUAUCUUGAAUGACACUGAAGACAUGCGUUACAUUGAAAUGACCAAUUACAGCCCACUUCUUGUCAAGUAUCGCUGGUCCUUCCUGACGGAUGACCAUGGGAACCAGAUAAGGUUCAACCCUGCAGGACAUAAGUCUCUCAUUGAGCUUGAACCAACAACUGAGCAAGAAGCCCAGACAGAGCUGCAGCCAGCUCCUGAACAUGCUGACAGCUUUGUGAGAGAUGCAGGUAUGAAGAAGCACCCUAACAGUGCAAAUGAAGAAGAGAUGUCUCCCAAAGAGCCAGCGAAUAGGACAGCUUCCACAGAAAUAAAGUUGUUAACUUGUGGUGCCAAAGAGUUAGACAGUAUUUCUCUGACUCGGAGUCCAGUGGAGCUCGAUGAAUCACUGUGUUUGGAGGAACCAGAGGAACUGCUCACCACUGGAGUGGAAGAAGUGUUUGACAUCUUACCUCUCUAUGGAAUUCUCCAACCAAAUGACAUCCAGCAGGUAUCAUUCAGCUUUUAUGGCCAUGCUGAUAUUGCUGCCCAUGCGACAGCACUGUGUGAGGUGGAAGGAGGCCCUACCUACGAGAUCAAGCUGAGCGGAGAGGCUUCCCUUGUCCGUUACAUGUUCAACAUAAAGGAGAUUAACUACGGGAUGCAGCUAUUUGACCAAGUCCUUGAAGCAGAAAUCAUACUGAAGAACAGUGGGAAAGUUGGUUUUGACUUCACUGUGCUAAACAGCAGCCAGGCCUCUGUGAACAACCCUCCCCCUGGAGUGCCUCUUGUCCUGCCUGCCGUGGGUUACAUUGAAUCAGAAAAAGAGCAGGUGCUGAAGGUUUAUUACCUGCCUGGAGUGCCUGAGGUCUUCCAGAGGACAUUCCAGAUACAAGUGGCCCAUCUGGAGUCUGAAAGCAUCACCCUCAAAGGAGAGGGGACCUUUCCUAGAAUCUGCUUAGACCUGCCCAGAAACAUCAGAGGAAAUGAAAAGUAUGAGAAUGUCCUCAAGGAAGCAAAACAAAACAUGGAGCAAGAGCCUCAGAGAGAUGAAGGCCUCAGCCACACAGACGCCACAGCUGCCGAGCCACCUGUGGACAAUUCCAGCACCAUGUUAGACACCUGGCUGCAGAUGGAAGUGGAGCGGCUACUGAUACAAGAGCAUGCCCUGGAACAGGAGAAAGCUCUCACAUGUGAUGGCCUGAAAGACACUGCUGUCAGCCAACGCACUCGCCGAAAACUGGUCAAAGCGCAGCUUCCUGAGUACAUCUUGGACUUCGGUUACAUCAUUCUUGGUGACAUCCGAACCCACAUUGUCAAAAUCACCAACACCAGCCAGUUCCCUGUGUCCUUUCAAGCAGACAGACGCACCCUGCAUGAUAGAGGUUUCAGCAUAGAACUGGACCGUGUAAAGAACCUGCCCUACUGUGAGACAGAAACUUUUGAAGUGAGGUUUGAUCCCCGCAGUGCAAACCUGCCCCUUGGAGAAGUGGAAGUACUUCUGCCCAUAAAGGUUGUGGGUGGACCAACGUUCCACAUCUGCCUUCGUGCCAAUGUGAUCAUGCCAUCACUCUGCAUCUCCAGUGACAAACUGGAGUUCUCCUCAGUCCAGUGUGGGGAGUGCCAAAUAGAGACCAUCCAGCUUCACAAUCAGCUUCAAGUUACUUGUGAAUGGUUCAUCACCACUAAUGAGCACAUUAAAAAGGUAGACAAACAUUUGCCAUUGAGCCUACGUCAGAAGCUGCGCCAGGAGUUCAAGUCUAAGCCCCGGAUAUUUGAGGUUAUCCCCUCAUCUGGAAUUCUUGCUCCAGGGGAGCGACUCAAUCUACAGGUCAAGUUUGCCCCAGCAGAAGAGAGGUUCUACAGCAACCAGUUGACAGUUCACAUUUCCCAGAGCAGCCAACGGCUGCCGUUGCUGGUCUCUGGGCAUGGGCUGGAGCCACGUCUGGAGUUUAACCCCUCAGUGCUUGAGUUGGGGCCCAUGCUGCCUUAUAGCAUUGGGGAUGAGGCAGAAGUGGUGGUAAAAAACCCCUGCAAGUUUCCCAUUGAGUUCUAUUCCUUGGAGUUUGACCAGCAGUACCUGGCUGAGGAGAAGAUUCUGCGAAUGCUGAAAGGCUAUGAUUCCCAUAAUAUCUUGCUCCUGCCGCCUCGCACCCCAGGUGAAAAACUUCCUCCAGAAGUGCUGGAGUGUUACAAUGAACAAAAGAAGAUACAAGAUGAGCAGGCUAAGACCAAAAUGGUGGAGGCAGUAAAGCAAGAGAAUGAUGAUGAAGAUAGCCUGUCUCUGUCAGAGCAUGGAGCGAAGCACUACCUUUCCGAGAGCGUGCAUACUGCCUCUUUCUGUGCCUCGGUCAUUCGCUCUGCCUCCCUUGUUGAGGAGAGUCGAAUCAACAAGGCAGACUCUAAACUUGAACCAGAUGAUGAUGAAGAGGAAGAUUUUGAAAAAGAGAAUUGGCAAAGCAUUGAUGGCAGCUGCCAAACGGCUGUGGGAGAAUUAGACAAUAAUCCGGUAUCCAGAGCUAUAGCUCGCCACCUUGGCAUCGAUAUUUCUCCAGAAGGCCGUGCAGCCAGGAACCGCAGAGGCAUUGUCAUUAUAGUCCAUGGAGCUCCUCUUACAGGAAAGACUUCUGCAGCUGUCUCCCUGGCCAGACACUACAGCACUGCCUGCUUGUCCAUUGACUCUGUGGUAAUGGAAGCCAUCUCAGACAGGAGCAGUUCAGCAGGGCUUCGCGCAAGGGAGCUGUGUAUCAAGGCCACCAUAGAGCAGGCACAGCGGGAGGCAGAGGAGGCUGCAGGUCAGUCGGCUGAGCUCUCUGGAGUGCCACCACCUCUGAGCACGAGACUGAGCAUUGAGGCUUUGGCCAAGCACACUUCAGAGGGUAGUCAGCAGAGCUCCGAGAGUAAAACUGGGCCACAGUCUGUCACCUCCCGGGGCUAUAGAGGAAGUACAGCAACAGGGAGGGGGAGGUCCGAAGGCCAUGCAUCUCUGUCACAGAAGCAGCAACAGCAGCAGCAGCAGCAGCAGCACCAGUCAGACCAAACAGGGUCACAGGUUCCCUCCAGCCCAGUUCCCAGUGCUCCUGUCCAGCGACGGCUCAGCAUCAGUGCCAGUGUAGCAGGAGAGGUUGGCCUGAUGAGCUGUAUACUUCCUGAUGACUUACUGGUGGAGAUCCUCUCGGAGAGGAUGCAGCUGAGUGACUGCUAUCAGGGUGUGGUAUUUGAUGGCCUUGAGACUCUCUUCACACGUAGUAUGUCUUCUGCUCUCCUCUGCUUACUCAAAGCUAUCAACAACCGGCGGUACAUCUUCUUUGUGAACCUGUUCCAGGAUUAUGUUGCCAUGAAAGCCAGAGAGAAGGCCAAGUUAGAGCAAGAAGAAUGGGAAAAGAAUGAAGCUAUUGCGAGAGAAAAGGCUCGUCUCCAGGAGAUGAAUGAGGAAGAAUAUGAUGCCCUCACUGAGGAACAGAAAAUUCAGUUUGAUAAUGAAUUGCUUCAGGCCCUACGGGAGCGGAAAAGGAGGGAGAUGGAGAAGCUGGCUCGAGAACUGGAGGAAAAGAGGCAGCAACAAGAGCUUGAGCGCCUGCGAGAGGAGGAAGAGAUGAAGAAGAAGAGCAAGCGAUGGAAGAGGGAGAUAAGCAAAGAAAAAGAUGAGCCCUCAGGAAAGAAAAGCCAGCUUGGAAGCAAGCAGGUUGCUGCUCAGUCCACCACCAAUAAAUCAGACUUCAGGCUGAAUGAAGGGGUAGAAAGGAAAGUGUCCACGAAAGAUCGUCCUGAUUCUGUUUCAAAUGACAAGGAGGAGAAGAAAAAGAGGAGCAAACUCACUCUACAGGAGGUAGUCCUGCCAGGGACACUGCCUCCUCCCAUCCCAGAACAGGAGGAAAUGGAAAAAGAGGUGCUGAGUGACAGUGAGAAGAGUUUGGCCCAGAGGUUUAAGGUCUAUGAUGCUGCACAGAAGGACAUUACCCAGAUUUUGCUGCUCUGGGACCGGGCACAAGGCAUUCUGCUGCCGCCCCCAAAUCUUGAUGAGACUCAGCAUGAAGCAGAAGAUCAGCGUCAGGCACCAUCAGGUCGGAAGGGCCGCAAGGACAGGGAGAGGGAGCGUCAGGAACGAUUGGAAAAGGAGAGAGCAGAGAAGGAGCGGCUGGAGAAGGAGAGAGCCGAGAAGGAGCGGCUGGAAAAGCUAAAAGCCCUAGAAGACUCCAGGGUGUUUGGGCUGGAGAAGGAAGUAGUGGAAGGAGCAGACAAAGACCAGGAAGGAAAGAAGGAUGUGGGGGUGCCAUGCCUGGAGUUCCAGGUGCUGAGCUCUGAGGAAUCCAGUGGGAAGAGGAUCCUAGAGAGUGGCAGGUUACCUGAAAUAGAGCAGAUCCUAGAUGGCUUGGGGCUGGGUCCCUCAGGGCCACCGAUUCCUCCUACUGCCUUUUUCUCUGUGAUUUCCUACCCGGAGAGGCGGGCAGCCCCUGUGGCAGGAGAAGCUCUCAAACACUUUGCCUUCAUUGUGCCAGAAGAUGUGAGUAUUGAGGAAGAAAAAAAGGAUGCUGAAGGCAAUGCAGAUGGGACCAUCUCUGUCCCUACAAUGAAGGAGGAACAGGCCACCCCAACCAAAGGCCGACAGAAGAAGGACAAAGCAGAGCCCAGUCGUGAGGCUCAAAAGGAUAAGCGCAGCACAGGUCGCAGUAGGAAGGGCCUUCCAGGAACAGCCCCUGGACCACUGACACCUCUGACUGACCUAAACCAAAACACCAUGAGUGGGGGACAGUCCCAGGAAAAGUUCCUCAGGUUGAGCAGCUUCCGCUGGGUAGUGCCUGCUCAUGGAGAAGUGACCCUGAAGAUACAUUUUUCCUCCAUUGUCCCAGGGCAAUUUGAUCAGACCUUGAACUUUGAGAUCUUGGGCACAUGCCGUCAGUAUCAGAUUUACCUCAGGGGUAUAUGCACUUAUCCUACCAUCAGCCAGGACCCCAGAGUGGUAUUUCCCCACCUGAAGAAGUGUGUGAAACCUGAUGACAUCAUCUUCAAACAGUAUGUCAUGAGCACAGGGGUAUUCCAUUUUGGCCCACUGCUCUGCGGAAAGUCGAGAGACCGGUACAAGGCUGUCCGAUAUCCCAGUAACUUUGAGAAAAUAACCAUCCUCAACAUAUCCCCUUUGGAAGCAGAGGUUCACUUCUGCUUCCAGCAUGAUUUCAAGGCAAACACAUACCUCUUGGACCCACCCACCAUGACACUGAAACCCAAUGAAAAGCAGGAGCUGAGCAUAUGGGCAUACCCUACUUCUGCUGGCAUAUUUGAAGACAGCAUUGUCUGCUGCAUUAAAGAGAAUCCAGAGCCAGUGGUUUUCAGUAUCUGCUGCCAAGGAGUGCGUCCAGAAUUGGAGCUUGACCGCAAGCAGCUGCACUUUGAAAAGCUACUCCUGCACAGGAAAGACAGCAAGGCACUUUUUCUGAAGAACAGCACCCCUCUACCUGUAGCCUGGCGAAUCAGUGGCCUGGAGAACCUAGGGGAUGAUUUCUCUGUGCCGCAAGAUCAGGGCAUCAUUGAUCCCCACUUGGAGUUUGCCCUGCAGCUGAAUUUUAGGGCCACAAAAGCUCUUAACAUUAAGAAGACCAUCCGACUAGAGGUUUCAGACGCAGAAAACAUCCUAGGAAUUGUUCAGAUUGAAAACAUCCAAGUCCAUGCUGAAGCCUAUGAUGUUGCCCUGGACAUCAGUUUCCCCAAAGGGACAGAUGGUGGUUUGGAUUUUGGGGUCAUGAGAGUCCUCGAUGAAGGUAGGCAACAGCUGUCCCUGAAGAACAAAGGAAAAUAUGAGAUUGGGUACAGUUUCAUACUACAAUCCAGUGAAGCCAACCUAACAAAUUUGAAGUCUCUCUUCACUAUCCAGCCCCAAAAAGGGACGCUUGCUGCUGUUGACCGUCCCACUCAGGUCCAGCUCACCUUUCACUCCAGGAAGGAAGUAAAGAUUGAGGACAAGCCAAUCUUGCACUGCCAGGUUAUUGAGCCCAAUGUCUGUGAAGGGGGAGAGACCAUCGCCAGCAUUCCCAUCCGCGUGUCAGUCAGUUCUUUGUUCAGCAAGUACAGCAUCUCCCCUGCCUCAUUCAUCAAUUUUGGCUCCAUGAUGAAUGGCACACGAAAGACCUGCACCUUCACGCUGGAGAACAAGGGCGCCCUUGACUUUAAAUUUGUCAUCUUAAAACUAAUGAGAGAUGUGCCCAUCCUGCCAAGAAAAGGAACAUCUCAUCUCAAGCACUCCCGUUCCCGUGAGAGUGACACAGCAGGCAAAAUCUUUCUUGCUGGUAAACAGAGCAAGCGCACUGACUCUCUGCAGAAGGACAUCAACCUUCUUGUGCAGGCUCGUUUGACCUUAGGUAUGUUCACAGUAUACCCUGGAUUUGGAUCUAUUGCUUCAGGAGGCCAGCAGGUCAUCACAGUGGAUUGCUUAGCAGAGCCAGUGGGAAAGUGUGAGGAAUUCCUGGCCAUUGACAUCACUGACAAAGACCCUGAAGACAACCCCGGUGGUGUCCCUUACACCCUGAUGGCUGAGUCAUGCCUGCCAGCCUUUGUAGUUGAUGACAUUGGGUCCAUCUUUGAGGAACAUCGCAUAUGCAACAACAUCAACCUUUACCAAAUUCUGCAGACUGUGGAAGGUGAAGGGGUGUUUGUGUCAGAUGAGAAUAAAUUUAUCUUCACGAACGUCCUGGUUGGGCACCAGGCAACAGCUCGGUUCAAGAUCUCCAAUGUAGGCAAAAUUCCCUGUGAUGCAUUUCUUGCAGUCAAACCCAUCUCCAGCAAGGCUGCUGCACGCAUUAAUGACAUCUUUGAGGUGGAUCCUGUUCGGAUGUGUAUCCCUAGCCGCUCCCAUGCCUUUGCUACAGUAACCUUCACUCCUCAGACGAUGCAGAGCUACCAGUGCAUUUUUGAAGUUUCCAUUGAUGGACAGCCAAGCUUGGUCAGUAAAUCACGAAAUUUGACAUUUGAUAUCAUUGGUGAUGGGAACCUUCCCCGAGUGACCAUCAUGCGUCCUGUCCUCCGCAACAAACGAGGGAACCCACUGCUGCUCUUCAAGAGGCUCCUGCUAGGCCACUCAGAAAAACUUCCAUUCAUCCUUAAAAACAGUGGUGUUAUACCUGUUCAGAUGAUGAUUGACCUGCUGGAUGAACAAGGAGUUUUCUCACUAAAAGCCAAGCCAACCACAAACUGCUUCUCUCUGGCUCAGAAUGAGGAGGAGGAAUCCACUAGGGAAGGAAGGAAACCACAUACUGCAUCCCUUAUCCUGCAUAAUGGGGAAUCAGUGGAGUUCGAUGUUCUUUUCAAACCUACCAUGGCCCAGCGGGUGGAAGGGAAGAUUCAUCUGUUAGUGGUGGACAACCAGUAUGAGGAGACCAACAUUCAGAUGGUGGGCGAAGGCUACCAGGAUGAUAUCACACUAGAUAAUAUCCAUGGGCUGGUAGACAGCAUUGAGGAAAAUGCUGAAGGGCAGCUGGAAGAUGACAUUGUAGAGGCUACCAAAGCAGAUCAUAUUCAGUUUGGGGACUGUCACAUUGGGAAGCCCUACCAAGUGACCUUCUCAAUAACCAACCACAGCAAAGCAGACGUGAUGAGGUUCGAAUGGCCCAGUGGAGCUCCAUUUAACUUCUCCCCCCAGGUUGGCCAUCUCCAUGCUGGCUGUGCUAAGGACAUAACUGUGACCUUGAAAUCCAGUGUUCCUGUCACCUUCAAAAUGCACACAGUGAAGUGUAAAGUGUGCAGAAUCACCUUUCAGCUCCCAGCAGACCAGGUCUCUGAUUGGGAUGACCGCCUGCACACUGUCAAGUGGGUGGAUGCCACAAGAAGCCUUCCAAAUGCAUGCCCCACAAAGAAGAAGGUGAUAGAGACAGACCCUGAACCUGUGCACACUAUUGUGGAGGACAGCAGCCUAGAGCUAGACCUUCGACUCAGUGCUGUCAUUGAUUAUACCCAGUUCAAGCUGGAGACCAAGGAGGUGCAGUUCAAGGAGACCUUGUUGUUCCAGACCAGGAUGUUCAAGUUCAAGUUAGCCAACAAGGGGAAUGUAGCACUAGAGUACUCCUGGAAGAUGGUCAUGGAGGACAACAGGAGGACAGUCAACUUUCCAGAGGAACCUUCACCACCCAGUCCUGAAGGGGAGCCCCCAUCUGCAACAUCUGCUAUCUCCACCAAAAUGCAGUCCAGCCGAGUAACCAGCCAGCUAGGCACUGUUCUGGAAAGUGUCGUCUCCUUCCCGUAUGCUGCCACUGCUCACCCUCCAUUCUCCAUAGAACCCAGCAGUGGUGUCAUCACAGCUGGGAAGAAGCAGCUGUUCCAGGUGAAAUUCUCCCCUCUAGAAGUGGGAGAAUUUGAGGGCCAAAUCAUUUGCAGUAUCCCUAAUCUAAAGCCAAAUUGUGAAAGCCCAGUAGUAUCUGUGAAGGGGAGAAGCCUGCUGCCCUAUUGCCACUUUGAGCUGGAAGACUCUGACUAUAUUACCGCCAACAGGCGCAACCCAGAGCUGCGAGGGCCCAAGGGGGGCACGCUGGAUCCCAACACAAGGGUGAUUGAGUUUGCCUCUGUUGGGGUGCAUGCCCGGAACAGAAGGGCCUUCACUCUCACGAACCCCACCAGUUCCACCUACUCCUUCCAGUGGACUUGUGAAGAGACAAGAGACCUGCGAGAGAAACCAGUUUUCUACUGUCUGACAGAAAAGGGCCAGAUCCGGCCUGAUAAGAAAGUGGAGGUCUCAUUUGAAUUCAUCCCCCAUCACCUGGGUAUCACAGAAUCAUUCUGGACCUUCACAGUCCCAGAACAGAACAUUUCAGUCCCAUUCCUGUUGGUGGGCAACACCACUGACCCAUCUGUAUGUCUGGACAGAUCCCACCUGAAUUAUCAAUCUCUCUUAGUAGGACAUGAGGCCCACAAGACCAUUCAACUGAUUAACAAUGAAAAUGAGACCUUCAGCUUUGCUUUCAGAGACAGCUCUCGCUAUUCUGAGGGAUACAUUAACUUCCUGACAGUGCAGCCCAUGGAAGGCUCUGUCCUACCUCUUUCAAGCCUUCCUGUCACUAUCCUCUUCACACCAGCACUGGAGGGAGAGGUGAGCUUCAACCUUAUCUGUGAUGUCAAGAGGAAGACCCAGCCCCUCUCCUUAAAUGUCAAAGCUGUUGGCUACAGCAUGAAUGUUUCAGUCAGGUGUGAAGAAAGCAACGGCCUGAUCACUGAACUGAGUGUGCAGGAGACCAACAUCAUCAAUCUCAAGGAGGUGGAAAUAAAUGAACAUGCUCAGUGCAGCUUCUAUAUCCUGAACACUGGGAAAUUCAACUUUAGUUUCUUGUGGGAGUUUUCUGGUCCCAAGGUGUUACGGCGUUACCUCACAAUCAACCCUGAGAGGGGCGUUGUGGAUGCAGGGGGUCAAGCCCAGGCCCUGCUGACUUUUCACCCUCUGAAGACAUGCACCUUAAAGGAUAUAGAGCUGAAGCUACAGAUCAGCAAUGGCCCUACAUUUAGCUGUGUGCUCCUGGCUUCGGUAGUGGUGCCCAGCAUUCACUUCUCCUUCACUAAAAUCACCUUUGGAACCUGCUUCAUCUACUAUGCAGGAAUGCCUCUGGCCAGAAAGACCCUCACCAUCACAAACAAGGAGGACAGAGAGAUUAGCUUAGACUGCUUGUUCAGCAACACAGCCCACCUUGAGGUGGGCUUCCAGGCUGGUGUGCUGAAUCCUGGAGAGAAGAUAGAGGUUCCGAUCACUUUCUAUCCCAGAGAGGCUGUUUCCUACCAUGAAAUCAUCCCCUUUGAAAUCAAUGGUCUUUCUCAACAGACAGUUGAGGUCCUUGGGAAGGGCUCGGAGAUGAAGAUUGACGUUGUGGAACCACAAAGCAAAGUGGUGAAAUUUGGAGCCCUCACUGUGGGGCAGACUAUGAAGAAGACUGUCAGAAUAGCAAACAACAGUGUUGUCCCUCUUACUUUUAACUUAACUUUCAUGUUCACUAUGCUUGAGCUGCAGGAAUCUAAGGUUCUCAGCUUGUCUCCUUCCAGUGAAAUAACUCUGAAGCCCAAAGGAGAUACCUGCACUGUAGAGGUGAUCUUCUCCCCAAAGUGCCGCAUUCCACAGUUCACAGAGGAGGUGAUGCUCGAGUGCAAUGGGCUGGCACGCUCCCUGUUCAUGGUCCGGGGCUGCUGCCAGGGCAUUGAAGUGAGUCUGGACCAGGAGCACAUCCCUUUUGGAGCAGUGGUGCAGCAGAGCAAAGCUUCACGGCGCAUCAUCAUGCAGAACACGGGAGACAUGGGAGUCAAGUUUAAGUGGGACACCAAGAGCUUUGAGCCAGAUUUCUCCAUCAGCCCCGUGGAGGGCUAUAUCUCCCCAGGCAUGGAUGUCCCCCUUGAGGUGACUUUUCACCCCUGUGAGCUGAGCCAGGAGAUCUACUAUGACAACCUGCAGUGCUACAUCCAGGGCAGCAAAGCACUCAAGCUGUCUUUGAGUGGAUGUUGUGUGAACAUCCCAAUGACAAAAGAGAUCCUGAAUUUCACAUGCCAAGUGCGUGGAAAACACACCCAGACCAUCAUGCUGUCCAACCGGAGUAACCAGUCAUGGAGCUUGCAGCCCAUCAUUGAGGGGGAACAAUGGAAAGGGCCAGAAUUCAUCAGGGUAGAGGCUCAUCAACACAACAAGCCCUAUGAGAUCACUUACAGACCCCUCAGCAUGAAUGUAGAGAACAAGAAGCAUCAGGGCUCCAUCUUCUUCCCCAUCCCAGAUGGGACAGGCUUAGUGUACCUCCUGCAGGGCACUGCAGAGCCCCCCAAGUCUUCAGGGUCCGUCAUUCGAGAGGUGCCAUGUAAAACUUCCUACACUGAACUGAUCCCUGUGUCCAACUGGCUAAACAAACCACAAAGAUUCCAUGUGAUAGUAGACAUGAUAAAGCCAGAAAAGCUAGACAAUACCACUGCGCUGAAGGGGCUUGACUACCUUGAUGUGCCAGCUUCCUCCAAGAAGGACCACAAGCUCACAUUCUUCUCCUACAAAGAAGGGCUAUACAGUGCAAAGGUAACCUUUCGCAACGAGGUGACACAGGAAUACUUGUUCUACUUUGUCACCUUCAAAGCCAUUCCUUCUGGUCCAAUUAGCACCAUCGAGAUGAUGACCCCAGUCCGGCAGAGCAUAUCCUCUUCUAUCAAGGUUGAAAACCCCCUUCUCAUUCCUGUAACAUUUACUACGGACUGCAAGGUGCCCGAUAUCAACCUCCCCCCACAAUUCAUCAUUCCUGCCCAGUCUGAGGGGGUGCUUGUUUUUGAAUUCCAGCCCCUUAAAAUUGGGGAAGUCAGUGGACGCCUGACACUACAGAGCAGUGAUUUGGGCUCCUUCCAGUAUGACCUGAACCUGAAAGCCAUCACCGGCAGGCCAGAGAAGCCACUCUAUUUCCGCACCAUGCUGGGCAGCAGCCAGAUCAUCACCACCAAGUUCAUUAACUAUACCCGCCAGAGAGUGGAGUACACCACCAGGAUUGACUGCCCGGACUUCCAUGUAGACAAAGUCAUCAGUGCAGCUCCAGGGUCCCAAGGAGGCACAGAUGUCAGUGUGGAAAUAAUCUACGAACCCUGCCAGCUGGGUGAAUCCAGAGCAACCCUCCACCUUUCCUCCCCCAUUGGGGGAGAAUACACCUUCCCGCUCUUCGGCACUUCAGUAUCCCCCAAACCUCAGGGCCCCUUCCAGAUCAAGGCUGGUUCCAGCAUUUCAAUCCCUUUCAAGAAUGUGUUCUUGCAGCACACAACCUUCAUCUACCAUGUGGAGAGCCCAGCUUUUACCAUCAAAGCCUCUGAAAACAUCCGCUCCAAGAAAAGCAUCUCCAUCACUGUUUCUUUUGAAGGAAACCUCACUGGCAGCAAAGUGCCAGUCACCAGCAGGCUGGUCAUCUCCUGCGCCCGGGCUGCACAUGUCAGAGCAGGCAUCUCCUGGGUUUAUUACUUAAAGGGCAUAAUGCCUGAGAAGUGAUCCAGUGGCACGUGGACAGAGAAGCACCAUCCUAAUUCCUAAGUAUUCUUAGUAUUCUUUAGCAACCAGGCAUUCCUUCCCCUCCCUUCCCCCACAACUGACCUCAAUCCACCACAUGAUUCACAGCCCUUAGUGCCCUCACUUAUCUCUCAAGAUCUCAGCCUUCCUAUUCAACAGCCUCUUUGUGUAGAACAGAAGUCUUUUUACAACUCUGAAGUGCCUUGGUAGUAAAAACCAGCUCUCAAAUAAAUUUGCCACUCUUUUCUUCAGGACAAAAAGUAUUUAUAUAUCUCUGGAAUCAGUUUUGCAGUCCUCACCUAAGCAAAAAUCCCAGCAAAAUUGAUGCAUGGAGGUCUGCCUGUGGAAGGACUGCAGGACGGGACAUAAAAUGUACCCUCUUCUACACAAUAUAGGUUGUCUUGUUUAUUGCAUAUAUAGUUUUUACCUCCCAGCAGAGCAAAUUAAAAAGUCCCUUUAUUACUGAAACAACUCAACAGUUGUAUUCCUUAUCCUUGCCAUAAUACAAUUGCUAAUCUAUUUACUGCGUUGUAUGACACUCACAAUAUACAAGGUCCACAAAAAGCCUAGGGAAGGUCCCAACCAUGUGACUGUUACAGCUACACAGGUGAAGAUUCACUGCUCAAUCUUCCCUCUAUUCAGAAGUGCAAAGGUAGUUGCCUUAUUAUUAUCUGCUAAGUAAAAACACUUGCACCUGAAGGAAGACUCAUGUCCUUUGUAUUUAUUUUAAAAGUUCCUUGAACACCAGCCAGGAAUGAGCUAAUAAAAUCAGAGAUGUCAUGGUAGGUGGGCAUGGCAGAUUUCAAGAUGAGCUCAACCCAAGAGCACCUCAGCUUUUCGUAAGGUGGUAGAGGAGAGAGUUCACAGAUGUAUUCCCCUUAUUUUCCAGACAUUGGCCAGAUCCUCUGACACUUCCCAGCUGAACCCAUAAGUAACUGGGCUUACUGUGGUAAUGCACAUUUUUUUUACCAAGUUUGCUUAUUUGCUGUAUGAGAAUGUAUUUUGGAAUAAAGCUAGUCCAGCAAGCACUGAGUAUUGGUGGGUUUGUUUCUAGAUCAGGUUAGUGAGACAGGAACUCCAUUGGGUAAGGACCUGGCAAACAAAUGAUUUAUGCGUUAAGACCAGGGAGAAAUGCAAUGAAAAAGAACCCAGAGAAGCUCAGGGAUUUCUGCAUAACAUGAAAGGAGAAAGAGAUGUCAUUUAACAGUCUAAGGACAAAGCUAGGUACAGGGGACUCUUGGGUUCCACUCACAGUUUGGAUCCACUGCAAGUCCCUUAGGACCAAGGCACUUGAGAAUUCCACUAGAGACCUAUCUGCAUAUAAACACCUUUUAAAAAUAUGGUCCAUAGAGCCUCACUCUGUUCCUAAUGAAGCCAAUGGCAAAAUUCAUUCAGUUCCAUGCCUCAGUUUCCCCACUUGUGAAAUGGGAAUAAGAGCCCUCAAGAGACUGCCACCCACUAGGACUCUUACACUUUGGUCUCUGCUCCAUCACCUGAGAUUUUUUGUUUCUUAAGGGAACAGUAAAGUAAUGGCUUGCAAACCAGUCCCCAUGAAAGCAGUUCAUGCCACCAUUGGGAACCACCAGUCAGUUUGUUCCUGAAGCUGGGGAAGGAACCUUCUGGGACAGGUACAUCUUCACAUCCAUCUGUCCAGCCCUUGCCCUGAGACUGCAGGCUCUCAUUGUGAGGCAUCUUCACCUGUGCUCUUGCCUUCUGCACAGGCCCAGGUCAUGAUGGUCUUUGGCACUUUGCCAUUUUUAAGAUGCUUGAGCUGGCUCUUUAGUGUCUCAUACUAGUGCUUUGUGCUCUCUCUCCCAACUCCUCGGUGCUUGCGUUGGCUGUUCAAUGCAUGCUUUUUCAGUACUUUGAUGCUUCAGAAGUUGUUUUUUCAGUGUUUGCCUGUUUGUCUUGGGGCAAUGUUACCCAGCUGUAGCACAUGUGAGAAAGUCUUCACUGCAGUUAGGGCAGGUGAUCUGCGUCCAGAUCCAAUCACCCAGGUUAGCCUAGCCAGGUGUGAACAGACACAAAAAGCAAUGGUGUCUCAGUGCUCUGAUUACCUGUAUGUGUUGCUAACAGAUAUGGAGGCACAGUCCAUGGUUCCUGUGUUGCAGUAAGCUGACUUGCUCUGAUUCUUUCUCAGUGAUUUGUAAAAGAAUUUGUCUUUUUCUCUGGACAUGUGGAAGGGAUUGUGGGAAGACACUGAAGUGUUAUUGACAUUCAAGUGUUACCCUGUGUCUUCACUGCAGAGUAGGUGGCUUAGCAACAGAGUACUUAGGGGCCUGAGUGCCCUGCUCCCCAUUGGGAAGAGGGCUGUCACCUGAAAUGCAUAAAAUGUUCCACAUGUCCAUCAUCUUAGGCCCCCUCUCCCACCUGGCCAAAAUAAAAGUUGGCACCUCUGCUUAGCAGCCCAACUGAAAGCAAGGGUAGGAGUCAACCUCUCACAAGUGCAUAGGUCUAACGGAAUGAGAGAAGGGUGAAAAGCUGAAAGAAAAGCAACAUUGCAAACCUUGCCCAAAAAGGAAGAGAUGUCUAAAGAUGAAAGAAGAGGAGCAGAAAAUAGGGGUGAAGUUAUAAUGAGUAGUGUUCAGAGAGAGAGCAAAGAGAAAGCAGAUGUCUUGCCCUCUUGCUGUUUUGAGAGAGACCUGCCUGCCAUGUGACCCUCAUGACUUUGCAUUGGGGAUUAGCAUCAUCUGGAAGUUCCUGGUACACAUCACUGGGUACCCAACACUGCCCUCUUUUUGUGUCCAGAAUAACAGCCCUCUAUACCCUGAAAAACAGUAAAACUUCAUAGCACAGUGCUCUGAGUAGUGCUUCAUCACAAACUAACAAGCUUUAUUAUACCAGCAAACUUUAUUAUAUGCAUGGAAGAAAAAUAUAUUCAUGCAUUUAAGGGCAAAGAUCUAACUCCAUUACAACACUAAAUCUUUGGGAGACUACUCCAAAGUAAGGGCUCUGGAUCAGCCCUAUUAGUUUUUAUUUAAUUGUUGCUAUCACUGUAUAGAGCUAUAAUUUGGAAGACAUUUUACAAAGAAAGGCACAUUCAUUUUCCUCAAGAGUUUGCAGGCUAAGUGAAGCAAAGUAAAGGAGAGUAAGUCAAGGUAAAGAGGUUGUGGAGAAUUAGUGAGAAGGUUGAUUCCUGAGAUGUACAUGUUAAAGGGCAGUUUGGAGGUAAGGCAGAGGCAACUGUUGUCAGGAUGCCAGGUUGAGAUUUUGGACGCCUGUAUUUAACUUGCUGCUUUGCCACAGACACCCCCAACGUGCCCCUGGUGAGGAGGGCACUGCCCCUGCUUCUGCAUUUUAUCCAAUGACUGCUCAAAGCAGAAACAGCUGUGGGAACUGGGCAUACUACUUCCUAGGCGAGUGCCCUCCUCACACAGCCAUAGUCAGGCUCUUUUUCACAUGUUCUUCCUUCUGAUCCCAUGUUAUCUUCCCCCCUUGGUUGCCCAGUGGGGCAGAUACAACAAGCAGUGUGGUGGGGGCAUUCAGCCCUCUUGGCCCAUAGUUUGAUGUUUGGACACUAUGCUUGGAAGAAGGAGCUCAAGUUCGGAUCCCCUACAGCUGAGGGGAGACCUAAAACCUGGUUCUCCUACCUCCUGGGCAUGUGCUUUAAAUGCUUUAAAGGUGCAGUAGAGUGUACACAUGUUAAAUGCACUAAGGUAUGCAGAUGCUGUGGUAAUGGGUAGGGUGACCAUAGGGAAAUCUAAGACACCUAGGACACUGCCCCCACCCACCACAGGGGCACUGCUGCAGUGUGUCACUCUGCCUCCUACUGGCUUACGUUCCUGCAAUUCUGAGAUUCUUAUUUUAAUUUCUGCCAACCAGCUGGGACUGACUUUUGAAAUCUAGGACAUAUGGUCACCCUAGUAAUGGGACUGUCACAGGAUGGUGGGGUCUUUGCUGUGCCUUCCUACCCUGGACCUCAUCUUGAGUAAAACCUGCCUCCAUUCCAGAAAAGAUGGUGAUUUGAGAAGGGAGGUUGCUCACCACUCACAAGGGACUCGGCACUCUCACUCUAUAGCCCCUCUUAUGCCUCUAGUCCAAACCACAGUGUGACAGGCUAGCUGGUAGUGAUUUGGCCCAGGGGUUUUGAAAGGGUAAAAGAUGAUUAGAAGGCUUGAGUCCCUUUCCUCACCAAUCAGGCCCCAGAGACUCACCCUUCAUGUCCCCUGAUUGGCCUUUUGAGUCACCUGGAGGGAGGUAAAAGGGGCAGCACAGCUGACUGGGGGGAGACCAGUGAGAGACCACAAGGAAAGAGCUUCAAAGAGCUGGGCCAGUGGGGUGGAAGCAGUUGCCCCAGAAGAGCCUGAAGGAUUGGGACCUGCAGGCAGCAGUUGGACCCUCAGCAGUGUGGCCUGCAGCUGACAGGAGAGGUUCCCCACCGGGCUCCAGGAUUGCCUAUGAGGCUGCGGCCAGCUGGAGAGGCUCCCGAGCUCCAACAAGGAUCUGAGCAGCAACCUGAGAGGUUCCCAGCUCUGCUUCCAGCUCCUCCAAUCAGAGCCAGGCAGUUCCAUGUGAGGCAGGGGGUCUGAGAAGGUCAAGACCCCUAGCAACUUGGAACAACAUCUACACUGGUGCCUGUGUGGUAAAAGUUCUGCCUACCACAUGGGAGGUUUGAGGUCAAGUCCCAGUUGGGGUGAGUGAAGUGAUAGGAAGAAAUUCUUGUUGCAGUGGAAAGAGACCAUUGUGUUUUCCCUCUUCUUCCCCCCCCCCCCCCCCCCCCGACUCCAGGUACCCAGGCCCUAUAUUUCUUGUUAUUUGACAUUUUGUAUUUUGUGCCUUUUAUAUUUUGCCAACCGGUAUUGUUUGUGCUACUGUUUGUGUUUUAUAUUUUGGUUAACCCUGUCCUUUUGUCAACUGGAUGAAUAUGUCUAUGAUUGUAAGUGUCUAACCUUUGUUGAAUCCUGCCCCCUCAGGGUGUUGUAGUAUCCCCUAUACCCCCUGGUUUAUACUGGUUAUGUUCCCAGCACUGUUCUCUCAUCAAAAGGUAUAUGGUUAAGUCCCCAUUAGUGAUCUGGCUCUGCUCUAUAGGGGGAGGAGGGUCCCUACACCUCCCACAGUGCUUGUGCACCUGCUCCGCUCCCUUCAGUUGGCGAGGGGGUACAUCUUUGGAGUACCUCCUGGGUUACAACAGUCUAUGAGCUCCAUGGUACCCCCAGUCUUUGGCUUUCUUAUCUCUGUCAGUGGGACCUUGCUGUGCCCUGCCUCUCUAGAUGGGUCUUGUCCCAAUUGCCUAUUGGGCUUCUGCUCUCUUGUUCUAUAUUAACUAUCCAUUGCUUUCUUACUCUUUAGCUGAGCUGAGCCCACCUGAGCUCCUGUGGGGACCUCCUCCUUCACCCUUUAGUCCUGUCCCCCCUCCCCAGUGCUCCAGGCAGUUAAUAAAAAUCAGGUCCUUUUGGCGCUUUAACGAAAGAAAAGAUGCUCCCCUUUUGCCUGGAACUGUUAAGGCACACUGUCCCUAUGGCUGGGAUUUUCCCAGACCUUUCCCUGAUCUGUCCUGCUCCCGCACUCUUAAAACUCUCUUGGCUGUCUUAGCAACUCCCUCCCUGCAGAAGUGUCUCCCAUAAUCUGGCUGUUCUUCCCCUUCCCUUCCUUCCCCUAUCUGUGUUAUCAGCCCCCAAGGCGCUGGUAAUCAGCAGGAAUCCUGGUUUUCUUGGUUUAAGUUACAAAUUCGCUGAUUUAAAAACACCAAAAUCUUCAAUUAAAAUGAAACCCUGCUAUGUAUAUGUAGGUAUCAACUGAACACAAUGUUUUAUUGAUAUAUUUACAAAUUGAAAGCAAUGCCUGCUGUGGACUCGGGCUCCCCACCCUUCUGACCUCCCCCCAGGGCUUCUGGGGGCAAGCAGUUGGGAUCCAGGGCCAAGCAGAACUGGGUGGGAAAGCUCCUUGCUGCUGCAAGCCCCAUGCCACCCUGCAAGCUUGUACCUGCCGCAUGCACAAAUCUGAGGGGCACAAGUUCCCCUCUGCCCUCCCCAGGAGUGCGUGGAGAGGCAACCCUCCCCCAGCCCUCAAACGAGGUGCCCGUGGCUCUGUCCUGCUCCCCUCCGUGGCCCUACGGCUGUGCAUUCCAGUCCUGGCCCCAAGCCCCACACAUUGCCCCAGCUGGACAGCAGCCCCAGUCCUGCCCAACUCCCUCCCUAUGGGGCCCUCAAUCCCCCUCCCAUGCCAGACUUACCUGCAGGGGCUGCUCUUCAGACUGCCUGGCAGCCAGCUACAUGCACGUGUGAGCACGCACAUACACGUGGCACCCCCUGCCUGACCGCCCUCCUCCCUCCCCCCCAGUUCUGUGCAGGCUGGAACACUCCAGCCUGCAGAGACCUCUUUGCAAAAGUGGAAAAUCUGUGCACUUCUCUGAUAGAAUAAUCCGUGUUUUUCUUCAUCAAAAGGAAAAAUACAGGUUUUUUUCCAUUUUUCCGUGGGAAACAGAAAACCCAGAUCUCUGCUAAUCAGUCUGCCCAAGUGUCCCACCUUAACCAGUGGACCCCAGGGCUGUUGCCCACUCCUUGCUUGUUAAUCCACAGGGUAACCUGUCCUGCAGGCUUGUUUACCCUGCUGCUUUUCAGGGCUCCCCUCCUCAUACUCUGUUCCCUGCCAGAGACUUCAUGAGUACUUAAAGUAGAAGAGACAUGUGUCAGCUUAAAAGCAGGAACCUACUGUAGGUGUAGGCAGCAUCCUGAGCAAAGGAAGAGAUGGAAGCUACAGAGUUGUAGCCAAAGGACUUUCCACAGAGUGCGAGCGGGGAGACAGAGACAGAAAAGGCAGUUGUUGUAGCUGAGGCCUGGGAAGGCCCAUGUGUAGGCAGACAUGGAGUUCAGUGACACUUGUGACAGCUGAAAAUUGUGUCUAAGGUGCUUGCUGAACGCUGUGAAGAUUAGACCAAGUGUUUCUUAUCAUUUGUUCAUGUAUUAUAAGCUGUUUGUUGCCACUAAGAGCCUAAGUAAAGUUAAAGAGUAAUGAAGCCUUGUGUGUAGUGAGGUCUAGUAAAUUUAGCAAAGCCUUAUAAAAGCUAUGAAGUAAGCUUUGUAGCGCAGUUAAAAUUUAACCUUAUCAGAAGAAUGCAAAGGCUUGUACUGCUAUUAGUCAGUUCUAAGGGAAGUUUGCAGUGGGGGAAUCUGUAUGGCUGUAAGUUAUCAGCACAGCUCAAAAGUUAUAAGUUAGCUAGCACAUCCAAAAAUCAUUUAGAAGAGAGAUGCGGCUCCGUGAAAGAAGCUGAUCUAGAGUUAGCUGCUGACCUAGUUUCAGUGGGUCCGUAGAUCUCAAGGAGCCCAAAGACUGAAAACCAGGGUGCUUCCCAGUACCCCGUAGACAGCACUGAUUGGGGAUGCCUGACUUCACUGAGCUUUGCAAAAAAGAAACUUGUCAUACAUCAGGCAUCAGAAGAAACUGCCGAUAAGUUGCCGACAUGAAUUAUUAUUGUCUGUCAUUGUAGCCUUAUUAUUUACGCGUAGUUGUGUAUUUGUUAAAUCAAUAAACCUUUCUUACCUUUCUACCCCUGA